AUGUAUUUCAGCAGUUUCCCCUUCGGGGAUGACAUGCGGGGUGGACCGGGCCCUCGUCGGGCAGGAAGCAAAGAGAAAAACAACACUAAGUUCUACGAAAUUCUGGAAGUUGACCGCAGCGCUUCAGUUGCUGACAUUAAGAAGAGUUACAGGAAGCUGGCCAUCAAGCACCACCCAGACAAGGGAGGCGAUCCCGAGAAGUUCAAGGAAAUUUCGAGGGCAUAUGAAGUCCUCUCGGAUCCUGAGAAGCGCCGGAUCUACGACGACCAUGGCGAGGAAGGCCUGGAGGGCGGCGGCGCCGGGGCCGACCCCACAGACAUCUUUGAUCUUUUCUUCGGCGGCGGUCGCCGCGCGACUCGCCAGGCCUCCAAGAAGAAGGGAGAAGACAUUGUCUCCGCCAUGAAGGUUACUCUGGAACAGAUGUACUCCGGAGCGACGAAACGCAUGGCAAUCAACAAGGAUGUCCUCUGCAAGUCCUGCAACGGCGUCGGUGGACCCGCGGACGCUCUGACCACUUGCCGCGACUGCGACGGCCACGGAGUUAAAAUUGUGACGCGACAGAUCGGCCCGAUGAUUCAGCAGACGCAGAGCGUCUGCCCAGCGUGCAAGGGAGCUGGCAAGAUGAUGGACCCGAGCAAGCGGUGCAAGUCCUGCACAGGCAAGGGUGUCGUGAAGGAGAGGAAGAUCUUGGAGAUCUAUAUCGAGAAGGGUGCGAAGAAUCACCACAAAGUCAUUUUCCACGGCGACGCCGACGAGCGGCCCAACGAGAUUCCCGGGGACGUUAUUUUCAUUCUGGAGCAGCAGGAGCACGCUGUGUUCAAGCGCCGCGGCAACGACCUCUUCAUGACGAAGAAAAUAUCUCUCCUCGAGUCCCUCUGCGGCUACAAGUUCGUUUUGACGCACCUCGAUGGCCGUCAGCUCCUUAUCCAGAGCCCGCCCGACACCGUCACGAAGCCUGAGGCUGUGCAAAUCAUCAAGGGCGAGGGUAUGCCGCAGCAGAAGAACCCCUUCUUGAAGGGUGACCUGUUCAUCGUCUUCGAGGUCGAGUUCCCCGAACACGUCAGCGAGGCAGACGCGAAGAAGCUCAGCCAGAUUCUCCCCAAGCCGGCUGAAGCUGUCAUGGUCAACGAAGACGACCCAAAUGUCGAGAUCCACAUUGCGGAGCCGAUCGACCCCGAUGACCUCCGCACUCGCCAGCAGACGCAGCGAACCGGCGAGGCGUACGAGGAGGAUGACGAUGACGAGCACCCUGGCCAGCAACGUGUGCAGUGCCGGCAGCAGUAG